AUGUUGCCACCAAUAAAUGAUUCGGCAGGCAAGGAAGAUAUUAACAUCCAUUUUGAUGAAAAAUGUAGAAGACGUUACAAUACAUAUGUACUGUUCUCCCAUCAAGCAAUUGCCUCUUGUAUAGCUUUGAGAUAUGCCGGUAUCGAAUUGCGCGGGCCAGGCCAAGUCGGUGGAACACCCACUAGGAUGCGUUAG